AUGCCUUCGACCGAACAGCCCAUAACCAGUGUCGAUGCGCACAAGGGUGCUCAUCUCCUGUACCCACAGCCGGGAGAUGGGAAACUCAUUCCGCUGGUCAUCCAGAGCUUCAAGCAGCCUUCCCCACUGCCCGAGAAUGUGCCAUGGACUCGGCUGCGGGAGCCUUUGUCCAAGGUCGGCACUAUGGAGGCCAUUUGGUAUUGGGUUUUGACUCCGAUACUCGUCAAGGGCAGCGAGAGGGUGGAUUAUUCGCCUAGAUCCUUCUUCUUCUUGAUCCUGAGACUUCUCGUGGCAGCUCCUCUAUGCGCUUUUAUGGUUUGUAGUCCUAGACCCAGUAUAACUUCAAGUGUUGGUAAUGAACAGAUUGAGGCACAAUGCCAAUACCCCAAGCUGCCAACAUCGCUGCCGCCCCCAUCAUCAUCAUCCUCAUCAUCGUCAGAGGCCCACGAGGCACCACCUUUAUCAAGUAAUCCCUCCUCAACUAACAUCCAACUUGGGAGUCAACUAGCAUCACCCGGGCUAGACCAGGCAAUUCUCAGCAAUGUAUCGUCAUCUUCCUCCCGAUUUCAGUCAAGGGGGCUGUCCUUGGGGCCGAGGUACUUAUGCUUCAUCACCGAUCCAGAAAAGAGGCAGUACAGCACGAUGAAGGUAUCCGAUUAUAGUCAGCAACAUGGCAAUCAGGCAGAUACAGAGUUUGUCUUUGUAUCUUACACCCGCCUGCAGUUUCGGGUUGUCACAGAUGCCGAGAUUGAUGAGUGGAAGGAGUAUCCCAACGAGGAGACGAGAGAAGCAAACAGGACGUUGGCUCACCGAGAUCGCGAAACACUUAUCCAAUGGGGCAUCGACGCCGCCUUGGCUGCUGGCAAACGCGCCUUUUGGCUUGAUUUCGAAUGUGUGCGCGACUCGGAUGGCGUUGCAGAAGCCAGCAGCAAGAGCGAGGAUGUCUAUCGGAUCUGCGACAUUGUCCGGGCCGCGCACUCGAUGAUUAUUGCUAUUGGUCCUCCAGCAGACGAGAAAGUCGCGCGCAUUCUCAAUGGCGAUGGAAACGCUCCCUCGGGCAGCGCCGAGCAUGCCACCAGAUGGCUGCGUCAAUGGGGCUCACGAUUAUGGACAUUGCCUGAACUCCUCCUCUGCCCGAACGAAUACCGCAUCAAGCUUUAUGUGGCCGGCGAUAUGAAUGAGCCCAAAUCUCUAGCGAAGCGGAACUUUGCGGAGAGAGCUUGGGAUGACGCCGAGUCUGUUAAGGAGCUGGUGAAUCACUAUGAGGGCUCGGCUAUUCUCCCCCCGACGCAGCUCAUUAGCAUUGCUCUGGAGUGCUUCGCUCGGCGGAAGACAGAUCAGUUCAGCCAGGGCGACAUCGCGUACGCCGUCAUGGGGCUCUUCCCAGACAGCCAGAGACCGAUGGUGGAUCAGAACGACUCCGGAUUUCGAGCCUUUGCCCGUCUCGCCCUCGCCGUGGAAGGCAGCAGUCUGCUUAGUCGUUUAUUGUGCGUCGCACCCGCAAAACCAGGAGCCCAGUGGUCAGAUAUCACAGACUACUGGGGUGUGAAACUGAAAGACUUCCGUCCUCGCUGUGAUACGGUCGACGUUGCUGGGUCGAACGCCGUUGAGGUUCAAAACAUCCACGCUACACCUAUCUUCUGGGAUAAGAUCGAAAGAGCUACCUUGCAUGAAAGGCUGCCUGUUUUUCCAGAGAUUUUAUUUGCCAUUUUACUCUUUUUCCCGCUGUGCGCAUGGUAUCGGAUCGUCUACUUGGUCGUAUCUGCCUUUGGAAGCAUCCAAACACUCCAAGGUGCUGUUCCCCGAUUCCUUGUUUCGUUAUUUUUCGCGCAAGCCAUUUUCUCACCAGUGACCUUGCCUGCUUUCUUGCUUUAUGAAUGGAAGACUAGACGCAAAGAGUUGAGAAGCGCCCGCUUGGUUGGGAUGGAAGGUGUUCUGGAUUGCGCAACCGCUGAGCGACACAUCUACGGCUAUCACUGUGGAAGACUCACAGAGAUUCCAUCAACGACGGCCCCCAACUCUGCCGUUUAUGAGUCUGGGCCUACGAAGUCCCCAUCCAAGUUCACCUUUACGUUGAUAGAUACGUGUGCGCAAACUCUCAGGGUGAUAAACUGCGCCGCUCCUCCCAUUGCGAUGAUGCUCUGUGGCGAAGAUGCUGCCGGACACCGGGCCAUUCUCUGCUCCUACAACCACGAGACUGGUGUCUAUCAUCGCGAGGAGACGCUGCGGGUGGAGGAGUGCGUCCGCCAGCAAAUGAAGUUGGCCAGAUCGGUGAACCUUUCUCUUGAGUCAUUCCCCUUGAAAGUCACCGAGGCCCCUCAUGAUGAAGAUGCAAUCAACUCAAGCAUGGAUGGCCAGGCCUCGACAAAGAGCAGAGAGUGGAAACCGGAGCUGGUAUUUUACAUAAUGCAAUGUAUUGUUGGGACUCAAUACGCAAACCUACAGCUUUCUGGAGUUGCUGACGGGACCCCUUUUGUCUUAUUCUUCUUCGGCUUCGUUCUCGCUCAGCCAAUUGCGUUUUUCCUCCUCCAUAAGCGCCUCUUAUCCAGGGCCGUUGCCCCCGUG